AUGAAGGAAUAUGCCACCCAACUAGAAUGCGCCAUUGAGCAACGAACAUGCGCCCUUCAACUAGAACAGAAUCUGACAGACCAGCUGUUACAAAGCAUGCUGCCCAAACCGGUGGUGGAACAACUUCGUCUGGGGAAACACAUUGCACCAGAAGCUUAUGAUCAGUGUACCAUCUACUUCAGUGAUAUCGUGGGUUUCACAACAAUAUCCUCCAAGUCCACGCCAUUCGAA